AAUGUAACCACUGAGCAGUCGCCGGGUUUGUCACUGUGCUGCGUGAUUCACCUUACUAGAGGAAAGAGGAGCCACAUUUUUCUAACCAGGCGUCUCCUGACCAACGCUGAGGAGUCCAGAUGGAACUUUCCAUGUUGAGCCGUAAGCGUCCCUUCUUUAAUGGAUCUGAACAGGAGCCUCCGCCGUACACGAAGAAGGGUCGGGUGGCUCUGAGAACUCUGCUGGACAGGCAUCCGACAGACAGGUUGGACGGAGUGAGACUGAAUUUGUGUUGCAGGACCGGCUGUGGUCACUCCUGCGCGCCUGAAGCCUGCCUGAACGGAGGCACAAAACACCCGACUGACACCGAGGUCUUCUUCGAGCGGUUGUCGUCCUGGGCUGACACGGAGUACUCUGUGGACAAAGUGCUGCAGCAUCUCAAGUUCAGGCCAACCGAAGACGACGGGCUCCUCGGGGACUCGGUGAACAAGAAAUUCGUGGAGUUGCACCGUGACUUCACUGAGGAGUGUGGCGCAGAGGACAAGCAGCAUUCGUGGGCUGUCAUUGAGAAGCGGGAAGAGAUCGUCAUGUACGGGCCGUUUUAUCCUAACUACAACAGCGGGGAGCACAGCGAGGACAUCAUCAUCAGGCAAACCCAGGAGCUGCUGGAGUCGGAUGCCGCCUCAGAAGACUGGAAGGUGUACGUCUUCACCAUGAACAGCCCGUGCUUGGCUAGAAACACCGAUCCGUGCAUGCUGAACCUGGUUCGGAAAGCUCACGAGUGGUGGAGCGUGUAUGGAGUGAAGACUCACAUAGGUUAUGUGAAAUGCUGGGGAUUCAAAGGAACAAAAGAAAAUCUAUUCAGGGAUAUUAACUACAGCCAAGUGGACCGUAUCGAUCAGGCGGAGGAGCACGAGAGCUACGUCAAAGCUGCUGAAAAUCCUUUAUGCGAAAACCUGUUUUCUGCUGUGAAACACCUCCUGAGGUCUGUCAGUUUCCCUCCGGAAAACUUUGAGCAGGGUCAAGACUGGAAGGGUUUCUUCAAAAGCAUGUAUGAUAUUUCACCGGAGGACGAGAAAGACAUCGUCGCCCGGGAGGUGGACGCCGUCGUUGAAGCGGCACAAGCUCUGCUUUCAGAAGAAAGUGGACGCUUCGAAGGAUUUUUAGACAAGGGACAGGCGUUUGUGUCCGGUUACACUUUUAGUUCACAUGUAUCUGAUGGCAUCCGGGAUCAAAUGAGACUCACGUUUCGGCAGUGUUGGAGGGAGAUGGCGCAGGACAAAUACGCCGAGUUCAUCAGGGAGAGGCUGACUGAAGACUUCAAUCAAUGCACCGUCCAGCUUUUUAUCAAAGAUGUUGUGAAUCACACAAAACAGUACUUGCAAAUUGGAAAGAUACGGCUUUUAGAAGAUUCAGGAGCUCCACAGGUUCACCCAUAAUCCAAAUACACUUUACCACAAUGAUGAGAAAGUUAAAGGAGAUAUAUUAAGCUCAUUUUCAGGGUCAUCACUGUGUUUUGGGUUACUCCAAGAAUACGUCUCAUGCAUAAUUUUCCUCAUAACGUCCAACGUUGCAGCUCUGUCUUUAACACUCUGUUUUAGCUCCUGUCUCUUUAAGGCCCCCUCCCUUCCUGAAUACCCAGUCGGCUCUGAUUGGUCAGCUCACACACGCCUGAGCCUGCACCGCUAACACAUAGAGAUUAGCUGUGCUGAAUUCAUUCCUGUGUGUCAAACAAGCUGCUAGGCAUAAAUGGUGCAAAUAUGUGACAUGGUGACACAGAAUGAAAGGCGGGACUACUGGUGAGGCAUUUCAGGAGCAGAUGUUUCUGUGGGAGAAAGGAGCGUCUGUUGGUGCAGACUUAGGCCUUUUUUUUCUUUACCAAUUCAGAUCUUUUACAUGCACAAGAACCGAUAUGAAACACUGAAGGAAAGGGGACAAAGCGCAGUAGUUUUCCUUUAAGACUAACUAUUUCACAAAUGUUUGGCAUGCAUCUGAAAAUGGAAAAGAAAGACACUGAACCUUAAAAUCACACGUACCAUCGGCAUUACGUCAAAAUGCUUCGACUUUAUUAGUUUCCUCAGUAGAGCUACAGGUGCACACAGAGGAAAGAGCAUCAGGUAGUGUUAGUGCACACUGAGAGAUCUCUCACUGUGUCUUUACUCACAAUAUAUCACAAAUGGUGUAUUACAAUUAUACUGGAGUGGAGUUUUUUUUUUGUUUGUUUAGUUUUUUUUUGUUUUUUUUUUACAUAUAUGCUCAUAUAUUUGUUAUUCUGGUAAAUUACAUGUGACGAUGUCCCACAUUUGCACAUGUUGCCCCCCCACCACCACCCCACCUCUGUGCUUGUCACAAGCAAAAGCAUCACUGCUGACAAACUGUACAGUUUUAAUACAGUCCUCAUUAACUGUGUGGUUUGGGGGUUUGUGCCUUUCAUAAUAAAUACUAGCUCUGAAGACUUCUGCGGAUGCACGUCUGCACUCGCGCCAGCAGAGGGAGCUGGGUGCCAUCCCCCUCCAUCCUCAGUCAUCAUGUGCAACUAACUGCUGCAUAGGUAGUUUCUCAUGUAUUUGCUUCAAAGAGGUGUCAAUACUGACUAACUGACUAACAGGGAGCUGUGUCUAUUGCACCGUGGUCGUGUUUACUGAAGGUCAUACCGCUGGGUUUUAAGGAGUGAUGGACAUUGAGUGAUUCUCUCUGAGUUACAGUGAGUUCAUAGAAAUGUUCCUGAUCGCCUGUAGAACUCGAUGCUCUGUGAAAAUGACAUUCACGGGUACCACAAAGAAGUGACAGCACCUGCAUGAGUUUUUUCUUUUCUUUUGCUGAAUCCAGGCCACCGUAGUACAACAGAGACGACUGCAUGUUUGUCUGUGGUGCUCGAUCAACUGGCUUAAUUUUCUAAAAAGUCAGUAGCAAAGUGCUUCAACAGACACUCUGGAUCGUCCACAGACAUCGCCACUGCCUCUGAGCAGUUUUAACCAUCAGCUGAAUUUAUACGGUAAGAAAUCAUAGAGAUUAUACACAGAGUGAAAUCAACUAUUGACAUAAAUGUACAGGUUUUAUUUAUUUUAAGGUAAUUAGACUUGUCUGUUUUUUUUUUCAGUUAUUUCAGUUUUUAUAGUUUGUAGUUUUGUUUUGUGUUUUUU